AGAGGCAAGUGAACUAUGAGUCAUUCUCAAGCUACACUACCAUUUUCACAGCAACAAGGAACAAAAAAGGGAGCAGAGGGAGGGAAAAGGAUGUCAGAAAAUCUCACUUAUGCUGGCUUGAAUGUGGCUGAAUUAAACAGGUCAAGACUACAGAAGGACACUGAUAUCCCAGGUUGUGUAUAUGCAGAAGUGAAAGUUAAAUCCCUAGACACAAGUGCUGUAGCUAGCUACAAGGCACAUGGUCCCACUGGUCAAGCAGACAUGAUAAACAGCAAAGACGGCAGAAGGGGUAAAAGCUGUUUCUCCAGAACAUGUGUUGCUGUAUUGAUUGCUAUGAUAGUGUUCCUCCUCCUGGCCUUAGGGUUGGGGCUGAUACUGAUGUUUUUAAGGACUCAGAAGCCUCCUGCAGAACAAGAAUCUCCCAUAGGCAGUAUGUCAGAAGAAAGAGCCCUUCCAAACACAGGCAGCCCACCUCACUCAGAAACAUUUUCUACCACCUCUGAAGAGACGAUAGGCUGCCCCUCAGGUUGGAUAAGAAACAGGAAGAAAUGCUACUUCUUUUCUCAGAGCAGGGUCAUAAAAGACUGGGACACCUACCGCCAGGAAUGUAAGGAAAUAGAUUCAGACCUGGUGAUCAUCAACAACAGGGAAGAACUGGAGUAUCUUUUUUCAAAAUCAAAAGGCCAUUACUAUUUACUUGGUCUCAAGUAUUCCGGCAGUGAGAGGAAAUGGAAGUGGAUUAAUGGUACAGAACACCGCACAGACAUAUUUAAAAUAGCAGGAAAGAUGACCGACUACUUCUGCACUGUCAUUGGAUUUGACCAAGUAGCAACUGCAUCUUGCAAUGGAUCCUCAACAACACAAAAUAUGUGUGAAAAAGCUGCAAAUAUUUCAGCUCUCCCAAAAAUGGCAGAAACAGAGACAUAAGCAAGAGGUCUAGGCUGGAAUCUUACCCUUAUCUUCCUGUAGGAACAUUGCGUGGGAUUUGUUUCACUUAGCUUUUGCUGCCUUAAAUACCUAGUCUAAGCAAGUCUGACUGGCUCCCUUUAGAGUCACCUUGCCAAGCUUAGCACUCUUUCCUUAGAUAGGUGUCCAAGACUGGAUGGAUCACUCUCUAGAGGAGCUUGCAUUUGCACUCUAUAGGAGCCUGGAUGACUUGCUCUCACUAGAUGUCUGGCUUUUAGGUGGCUACCAUUAGGUGAGAUGAGUCCUGCCUCAGUGGUAGGUGUGAUCACAGACAGGUCCUGUAUCUCACAGACAUAUGCAUAUAUACUCACACACCCACUGUCCUGCUUAUGCACAAGGAGAUACUUCUAAGUAUUGCCAUAGAGUGGCCUUCACUGCAGCCACAAGUGAAGGUUAACAUGUAUUUAUGUUUUGGAUCCUGCAGGCAAGUGUAACCACACUCAUGCCCAUGUAUAACAGACAUGAUUGACCAGUCAAAUGUGUGUGUAUAAGCCUUACCCUCCCUUACCCUUAAAGACCUCCUCUGUUAAAAAACACAGUUGAUCCACAUCCUGUGGGGCUAAAAUGUGAUUUCCACCAGAAGUGAGAUGAUCCUACACUGUAAAUCUGUGCAUAAAAUCACCAGCAAUCCUGUGCAGGUGAGGGAAAGUGUGUCAUAUUUAGUGCCAGCCCUGAUGACAAAGUGCUCUGGACGAGGAGCAGUAGGGAUCACCAGAAUCUGAAAAACAGAGCCAGAAUUGCACCAACAAAAACAGCUCAACUGCACCAGAAAAUAAUCAAACUGAGAAAAGAGAUGACUGUGAAGAAGUUGGUGAGAGGUGUGAGAGUGACCUACAGGAAAUAAGAACGCAGCAGAUUGACCUGUUUUUUCAGGAUAGUUAUCAGUGAAGAAAAUCAUGCCAGAAGUUUUUUCCUGCACUGAAAUGUGACAGCAAGCAGCAGCAGCUGGUGGUACCAGUGGAGUAGAGUAGUGACUAGCAAAGAGUGAACAUAACCAGAGCUCUUCCGAUGUUCUUCCUUGGGAUCCUGGGGCUUGUGUGACUCCAAGGAUUAGAGUUUCACAAUCUCCUUUGAACACUGUGAGGCAGAAUCACUCCUACUUCAAAUGUUACCAUGGUCACGUCAUGGCUCUCUUCUGCAUCUGCAGGAUGGAGAAAGCUCUGUGAAUUCCUUAAUAAAGUGAUAGUGAUGUCAUGCUUGCA